AUGAACACCAGCACCGACAUAAUUACCGGCACAAAUCAAAAGAAGGGUGUAUUUUGGAAGAGAGUCUUGGACGCAUACGAUGCUGCCAGGGAAUCGAAUGCAGAUGAAAUAUCCCUACGAACUAUUAGUAGUUUGAAGGGAAGGUGGAUGCGAAUCUCUGAAGCCGUGUUAAAGUGGUGCGGAAGCUAUGAUAAGGCCCGGAAGCGAAAGGGAAGUGGCUAUAACGAAGAUGAUGUUAUCCAAGAGGCCCACAAAAUCCAUGAGAACUCAUUCGGACGAUUCACCUUCUACGAGGAAUGGAUCCAAUUAAGGAAGUGGGACAAAUUCCGGUCUUUCUUGGACCAACAAACAUUCAAGCCUUCGGUGGGACGUCCACAUUCAACUCCACUGACGGAUGAGUCUGUAGGGAGCGGAAGUAGUGGGAAGAGGACACGGGAUGAGGGUGACAAUUCCUCACCUACCACACCAACCAGCGUGGGUGUCGGUGAUGAGAGAGUAGCUCGUGCUGAAGGUAUUAAAAAGGCUAAGUCGAGAUUGAAGGGUAAAGCUCCAUCAAGUCAAGCAUUUAAGGAAUUAGAAACAUUCAACAGCCGAUUGCAGCUACUUGGGGAUUCGAUGAAUGUGUCAAACGAAGCAGAAAUGAAGAGACUUGAAAUACAGGAGCGCAAGGAGGCAAGGAAACAACGGAAAAUUGAGCUAGAGCAAUAUAGGAUCAACUGGGAGCAACUAUCUCGUCUAGAACAGAAAGUAAACCGAGAACAGUGGGAAGACGAAAUGAUAGUAAUACUUCGGAACAAUAUUCAACGUUUCAAUAAUGAUGCUUAG